AUGGUGAUGGGUACGCCUUCUUCGUUGGAUGCCAUCAGAAAGGCACAGAGAGCCGAUGGACCAGCAGCCAUCUUGUCGAUCGGCACUGCCAACCCUGAGAACCAUGUCAUCCAGGCCGAGUAUCCGGACUUCUACUUCCGCAUUACCAACAGUGAACACAUGACCGAUCUCAAGGCCAAGUUCCAGCGCAUGUGCGACAAGUCUACGAUAAGGAAGAGGCACUUGCACUUGACCGAGGAGUUUCUCAAAGAGAAUCCCAAUAUGUGCGCCUACAUGGCUCCUUCUCUCGAUGCUCGUCAGGACAUCGUUGUGGUCGAGGUCCCUAAGCUAGGCAAAGAGGCGGCAGUGAAGGCCAUCAAGGAGUGGGGUCAGCCCAAGUCCAAGAUCACACACGUCGUCUUCUGCACGACCUCCGGCGUCGACAUGCCUGGCGCUGACUACCAGCUCACCAAGCUUCUCGGCCUUCGCCCUUCCGUCAAGCGUCUCAUGAUGUACCAGCAAGGUUGCUUCGCCGGCGGCACUGUCCUCCGUAUCGCCAAGGAUCUCGCGGAGAACAACCGCGGUGCUCGUGUCCUUGUCGUCUGCUCCGAGAUCACAGCCGUCACCUUCCGUGGCCCCUCUGACACCCACCUCGACUCCCUCGUCGGACAGGCCCUUUUCAGUGACGGUGCAGCCGCACUCAUCGUUGGCUCAGACCCUGACACCUCCGUGGGAGAGAAGCCCAUCUUUGAGAUGGUCUCUGCUGCUCAGACCAUCCUCCCUGACUCGGAAGGAGCCAUAGAUGGACACUUGAGGGAAGUGGGACUCACGUUCCAUCUCCUCAAGGACGUUCCCGGGCUUAUCUCGAAGAACAUUGAGAAGAGUCUAGAAGAAGCGUUUAAACCUCUCGGGAUUAGCGACUGGAACUCCCUCUUCUGGAUAGCUCACCCUGGUGGUCCGGCGAUCUUGGACAGUGUUGAGGCAAAGCUAGGACUCAAGCAAGAGAAGAUGAGGGCGACGCGCCACGUGAUGAGCGAGUACGGAAACAUGUCGAGCGCGUGCGUACUCUUCAUACUUGAUGAGAUGAGGAGGAAGUCAAAGGAAGAUGGUGUAGCCACGACAGGUGAAGGCUUGGAGUGGGGUGUUUUGUUUGGUUUCGGACCAGGUCUCACUGUUGAGACCGUCGUCUUGCACAGCGUUCCUGUUUGA